GUGCUCGAGUGCGAUCCGCGGUGGUUGGGCCACUGGAAACUUGUGUGUCCUGGUCACGUUGCACUGUGGUGGCCGCCUCGCAGAAAAGAGCUGUCUGUCGAAUGAGUUUCUUUGUACACAGAUCUGAAGAGAUUUGCUGGACUUGGGAUGUAACUUUUCAAAACCACCUUUGUAUUGAGCAGUGGUUGUUGCAACAAUGUUUGGGAGACUGACUGGUCCACAACUGCUUUUUGCUAGCAUUCUUGGAAUUGCUGGAGGAAUGUAUAUUUAUCAACCAAUAUUUGAACAAUAUUCCAGAGAUCAGAAGGAAUUGAAACAGAAGAUGAAAUUGGCACAAGAAUCAGAAGAAAAGAAGAGUUAAUACUGCCUGAAGCUGAUCUGUAAUAAUUGUUUAAUGUUCUGUUGAAGUAUAUAUUAACUGUUAAUAAUCUAGUUCAGAAUUUAUAGUUGAAGCAUAAAUCAUGGAUAAUGAAUUUAAGUGAUUUUUAAGU